AUGCUCCCAACGCCAACCCCAACCCAAAACCCAACCGAGAGCAAGAGUGAUCAUCCCAUAUCCUCAGACACUGCUGCCGAUGCCAACUCAAUGGGAGAUAUCCCUUCACCUGGGGAGCUAGUCUCCCAACAGGCAACUAAUUCUUCAUUUUCUUCUUCUCAGCAGGAGUCUCAAGCCGCCCCAACACCUGAUCCACAAGGACCACCACCGCUGCCGAUGUUUCCUGACCCCCGAGCAUCAUCUACACAGUCACUGCUGUCAUCGACAGAUGGAGAGGAAGAAUGCAAAAAACGGAAGCUCCUUGUCAUUUACAUUCAUGGCUAUAUGGGCAGCGACUCGUCUUUCCAGUCAUUUCCAGCUCAUGUGCACAACCUGCUUAAAAACCUCCUGGCGGAAUCCCAUAUUGUCCACACCAAGAUUUACCCUCGCUACAAGACUUACAGGUCUCUCGAGUUGGCCCGAGAUAAUUUCAGUGACUGGCUGAUUCCUUACGAAUCACCUACUACAGAUGUGGUCUUGGUGGGACAUUCAAUGGGUGGGCUGUUGGCCGCGGAGGUAGCCAUGAUGCCUUCCAUUCAGACAGCCACUUCUCCCUUUCGACACCGUAUCCUGGGCAUUGUGUGUCUUGAUGCUCCUUUACUUGGCUUACACCCAGGAAUUGUAGUCUCAGGCAUAGCGAGUCUCUUCCGGCCGUCUCCUGAGUCCUUUCCCGCUGAUGACAAUAGUAUCCCAACAGAGCAUAAGCUCUCAGAACCAUCGCAGUCCCUUUCCCAUGAUCCAUCCAUCUGCUGUGAGCCCUCGUCUGCAUUAGGUGCUUCUUCUCCUGCUAUGAGGUCUGAGCCGUGGCCGAGUACCACCCACGAAGCUUUCGACCCCUAUUUCAAUCCUCCUUUCUUCAACGAUGUAGAAUACAAAGAUCGUGGGAGGUUGAAGAAUUUUGUACAUUUUAUCAAUAAAUACAAGGAAGAGAAUCUGAUACAGGCCGCAGCUUCACACCUCGUGUCGCAUCUAGAGUUCAAUGCGUGUCUCGCCGAUCUAUCUGGGCUGAGAGCCCGUUAUCACCGCCUGCGCAGCUUGGAAGACAUCGAUGUGUGCUCGCAAACGCAGAAUCCUGUUGACAAGCGUCCUGGUAGAGUCAGGUUCAUUAACUACUACACUGUGUGUCCCGGGCUUCCGAAAAAGCAAGAAACGAGCUUGCCAGACACAUCUGAGGUUCUGUGGGCGCAGGAGGCGCAGCUGCAGAAUGUAGGCUCUGGCACGUUAUCACUGAACACAGGUUCUGGGACAUCCACACCAAAAAUAUCCAUCGAGAAUCACAGCACCGAUCAGAGGCACUCGACAACUCAUACUAGCAACCUUAAGUUGGACUCAGGCGGUUCAGUUCUUUCAACCACCUGCUUGCCGCCCACAAACGAAGACAAGACCCAUAACGGACCCUCCUUCCCUCCUCCUCCACUCCAUCCCCACGCCGUUGAUUCCGCCUCCGAAGCUUCUGUGCGCAAGCGAGCCUCCAGGCUCUUCAAGCGCGCUCAGAAAGCCCUGCUUCAGGCCAUUGAGGACGGAAAUAAUACAACAACCCCAAAAGCUCAUCAAGAGCACCGCUUCCGAGACGUCCUGAGAGAUAUUGCCAAUCAGGUGCUCGACCGCGACACGGAUAUCAAAUCUCACAACACUCACAACAAACAUGACGCAUUGUCUGAGUCAGCAUCAUCCUCUCACGUCUCCCUGGUCGCAGAAAGGGAAGCCGAAGACGAAACCAUCAGCAUCGUGGAAUUAACAACAACGCCAACAACCCCCCGCAAACGCCUGCGGAAGUUCUGUCUUCUCCCCACAAAGAUCAACGGGGAACCCGACCAGACUUGGAUCGAAGUCUACAUUGCGGACGUCGACGAGGUUGGCGCGCACUGCAGCAUGUUCGACGCUCGCCGGCCACACUACGAGCAGUUGGCGGGCGAUGUUGGGCAACGCAUUGCCCAGUGGGUGUGGGAUGAUGCUUCAGCUAGGGCUGUUCUCGACAGUCUGAGUAAUGGAUGUCUAGAUGGUGGUUAUGGUACAGCGGCGGCGGCGGCAGCAACGGCAACAAAGGAAGAGGGUCAGAAGAGUGGUGAUGUUGGAAAUAAGCAAUGGGAAAUUGAGGGUUGCGAAGAGAAGAGGGAAAAAGGACGCGAAACAGAGAAGAAACAGGAAGUAGAAAAGGAUGAGGGGAAUGAACUGAAGGAGGGGUGA